AUGGGCGACUUGUAUGCAGGCGGAAGCCCGCAAAACGCAAUCGAUCUGGAAUACGACGAGUCAAUAUACUCUGCCGCAGACCGAGAGGUUGCUGAUCUUAAUCGACAAAUCCACAAUUAUCGGCGCCAAAAACGCAGGUCAUUCACUGUAGCAAGUGAAUGGAUAGAUGAAGCACGAGAUGAAGAAAUCGCUUGCCGGGAGUUAGCCGACCUGAUAGACCUAACGGUCGACGACGAGCCGAUAUUUGUCCGGCAAUCUCGAAAGCAACACAGCCUGCCUGGCAUCCAGGUCCCAGAGAAGCAGUACAUGAAAUAUGAACGAAAUGGAAAGCUUCCUAUCAGAGUGAACAAGCUCUAUGAGCUUAAGUCUACUAAGCUUCCAAAUUCCAACCUUUGUCUUGGCUUCAUUUUGGUCACAUCCAUUACCCAAGAUUUGCACACUCGACAUGUCAAAGUCUGUGGAACACCGUUCUAUAGGUCGAGAGCACUGAUGGGGAAGCUGCCCCGAAAGCUGAAUGAAAUCUAUGCGCUUUACGAGUUGGAAGAGGAUGACAGCCGCCCGCCAGAGCAGCAGGCUCAAAUUGAGGUUUCACUUACGGAUCUUUUGAAGCCUCGAACGCUGCAUCUGACUAACGCACCUUACCCGAAACACAGGUAUGAGCGAAGCAUAUUCACUUCCUUGAAGGCCAUUCAAGAGGAUGGCCCGCUGGUUUGCCGAUGGCGAUAUAUCUUAUACUAUCGCGGUUCGAAGGAGAAGUUGCUGCGCAAACCCCAUCAUUGGACAUUGGAGCGUAUAAACGCUAAUGAUGUUCGACAUGCAUAUCUUCUUGUUGAGGAAGACGCUCUCAGGGCGGAGUGGAGAGGUGAAACUAUCCUUGGAGGCUCGUAUACUAGCAUGGUGCCAGGCAGCAACAACAACAACAAUAACAGUGAACAAAAGUAUACAGUUGUCGACGCGUUCUCUGGUGCUGGCGGUUUCUCGCGCGGGGCAGAACGGUCUAGGCUACAUAUCAAGUGUGCAAUCGAUCACUGGGACAAGGCUUGUAACACUUACAGGCUCAACUUUCCUACCACUGAACUAUUUCAAAUGUCGGUAGAUGAGUUUUUGCUUGUCCACGAUGAUAUUCCCCUACGCGCCGACAUACUCCAUCUAUCUCCGCCAUGCCAGACAUGGUCACCUGCUCACACUAUUCCUGGAAAAAACGAUGAAGCGAACAUUGCGGCUCUCUUUGCAUGCCGCAGUUUGGUCGAAAAAGUACGACCACGCAUUUUCACUCUCGAGCAAACAUUUGGGAUCCUACAGAGUUGCCACGACCCUUUCUUCAGUUGCCUCGUGGGGGGCUUUACGGAACUAGGAUAUUCUGUUUCGUGGAAAAUCGUGCAUCUGCAAACCUGGGGCUUACCACAAGUGCGCAAGAGAUUGAUCAUGAUUGGAGCAUGCCCAGGAGAACAGUUACCUCCGUUUCCCAGCGCAACACACUCUGAGGCAGGAGCCGACGGCCUCUCAAGAUACGUUACGGCCAGGCAGUCACUGAGCAGGAUCAACGGUGAUUUAUACAACCACGAGCCCGAAGAGCCAAGGGACGUCCUUCCGAACGGCUCAGUUAUAUGCGAACCCGACAAGAUCUUGCCACGAUGCAUCACAUGUUCAGGCGGUCAAAACUUUCAUUGGGAUCUCCGACCCUUUACACCUCGAGAGUUUGCUUGUCUGCAGGGGUUCCCAACGUGGCACAAGUUCGCAGGCGAAUCAUGUCUGAAAAAACAGAUUGGCAACGCAUUUCCGCCGUGUGUUGUUCGACUUCUCUGUGAACACAUAAAGAACUGGUUACUAGAACGUGACGGUCUUGCUUCUUCGAGGAUGUCAAGAGCCAGUCGCGAAAACCAAGAGUUGAUUUUAGUGUCAGCAACCCCUUCGCCUCCGCCUCCGGUUCUUCCUUCGAGAAUAAGCGGUAACUCUUCAGAAAAUGCCAUUGUCGUCUUUGAAGAUGAGGUUCAGUGUGAAAUUAAGUAUGAUUUUGAUUCGGACACAGAGAUGGGCGAUGUCCUAGACGUACCAGACUCACCUCGAUCAGCAACCUUGUCGUUGGGGACACCCGAGCCUCUCCCAAUCGGAUACUUCAAACAAUCAGCCAUCGUAAUCGACUAG